AUGAAACUCUCCGGCAUAUUCCAGAAACCACCGCCUCGUUAUGUCGUGGCUAGCAUUCUGUGCUCCCUCGGGGGUUUUCUCUUCGGAGUUGACACCGCAAUUAUCGGUCCUGUGACUGUGAUGGACUCGUUCACCGGGGCUUUCGGCCAUCCGAGUCCCACGCUUCAUGGGCUGAUUGUAUCUUCGAUCCUUAUUCCUGCCGCCAUCUCCUCGUUUUUAGCUGGCCGUGUUGCUGAUGUUCUGGGUCGGCCCCCAGCAAUUGCUAUCGGGUCUGCUAUAUUUGGCCUUGGCGCCGCGAUUGAGGCCGCUGCCGUUCACCUUGGCAUGUUUGUUGCUGGCCGAGUAGUAGCAGGUAUUGGCGAGGGCCUUUACUUGGGCACAUUGGUCGUAUCUGUUAAAAUUGUUUCCACCCUCUCCUGGCGUCUACCAUUUAUACUCCUUGCUUCUUACUCUGCUACAUUUGCCGUUGUUGCAUACGUGUUCCUACCCCCUUCUCCGAGAUGGCUAGCUGCGACCUACGGCCAAAACACGACAGCGAUUGAUGCAGCCUGGGAUCGUUUGGGUGUUUUGCAUGCUGAUCGAGAAGUUAUGCCGUCAAACCAAGAGGAAGAACACAAGAAAAGGUCCAAGACACUUGACGUCUUUUCUGCCGAAGCUAGACCAGGCUUCCUUCUAGCUAUCUUCCUCAUGGGUAUGCAACAGCUGAGUGGAAUUGAUGGUGUUCUAUAUUACGCCCCUUUACUAUUCCAACAAGCUGGUCUCACUUCCGCAGGUGAUACCUUCCUUGCAUCAGGCGUAUCAGCUAUUGUUAUUUGUGCAGUUACAAUUCCGGCUACGAUCUGGGCUGAUAGCUGGAGCCGACGCCGAAACACAAUAUAUGGCGGACUUGGAAUGGCCACAACCAUGUUUAUUAUUGGCGGGUUAUAUGCUGGAGAUGCAGUACAUUCCUAUGGUGCCGGACGCUGGGUGGUUAUCAUCUCUAUUUACCUCUACACGGUCAUAUUUUCUAUCUCUUGGGCGGUUGCUGUGAAAAUAUAUGCCGCCGAAAUCCAGCCACAGAGAACUAGAGCAAGCGCUACAAGCCUUGCCCAUGGAAGUAAUUGGAUCACAAACUUCCUCGUUGCCCUUGUGACACCGACCCUACUCGCAAAUACUAGCUACGGUGCCUAUUUCCUCUUCGGAAGUUGUACCUUUGCCACAGCCAUAGUUUGUUGGUUCUUUAUGCCAGAAACGCGCGGCCGUACAUUGGCCGAAAUACAACAGGCUCUUCACACCAGUCGGUCUAGUGGAGUUGACACUCCUGCAAAAACACUCUGGAGAAGACUACGAAGAGCCCCUGCUAUUACGGUGACGAGAAAUUGA